AUGACGACAAUAACUUAUGAAGAAGCGCCCAAGGUGAUUAUCGAAGAGAAAACCAAUACAGGAGAUAGUGUAUUUCCGGCAAUCACCCGUGAAGAGAAAAAUGGUUAUACUACCGUUGUCACCGAAGAAUAUGUUAGUCCUACUAAAAAGCAUCAGUUUUUAUCAUCGACACCACAUGAUAUGGAUAUAACAAUUGGUAAUACCAGUCAAGGAUCAAUAAGUGGCGACAAGGAAAUAACUUAUAAAACAGAUCAAAGUGCACUCGAUGAUUUUAAUAAGGGGAAAGAGGAACGAGAAGAGAAAAUCGAUUUUUUCUCGGUUGGCACAGAAGAAGAGAAAAAUCCUCUAUCGGGGGUUAAGUAUAAUGAAAAAGGUUAUCAAAUGAGAGCUUUGUUCCGAAAAACGUUAUCAUACCAAAAGCGUCAAAUGUUUACCAACAUUUGUUGUAUCGCUUUGUGUCCAUUAUUAAUGGUUGCUAUCGCUGGAAUCAUGGGCAUCGUGAUUCAAACUCUCAUAGAUAAUAGUAUAACUGCUGAUGAGUUAUUAUUUUGCUCAAAUGUCCAAGCCAAAGAUCAGUAUGGUAAUUUCAACACAAACGAUUCGCUCGUUCCAACCGUUCCCGCUGACCAAGUGCCCAACUCUUCUGGUAAUUCAAAGGUUGUCAAAUUAGUAAACUACUUUUUGCCACCUGCCGGUGAUGAAAUUUUUUCGACACCUGGAAAUCCAGUUUCUUGUGUGUUCGUGUUCGGACACGAUUAUCCCGAGGAGCCAAUUUACCAGCCUUCACUUAGUAAAUCCGACAACAAUACUAGAAGGGAUACAACAUUCAUGCCAGACCCGUCUUCAGGGAGUUGGUAUAAUGAGUUUGCGCUCAAUAUUCCUAUGUAUUUAAGCAUCCUAAGCCAAUACCAAUCAUUUCCCUGGUUCUAUGUUCGCAAUGCUAACGGUGCAGAUGCAGGAUCAAAACCCCGUCAACCACCCGUGAAUACCAUCAAAAACUUUCUACAAAAUAACGCUUCCAACCCCCAAUACUCUGGAAUCCUAGGAAACAUUGACACCGACUACUAUGCCAACAUCACUACCUCAAAAACACUUCAGAAUUUUCAAGCUGCUCCAUUCUUUGACACUUCCUCAAGCAACAGUAGUGUCGAUGAGUUCGACGACUUGCUCAAAAAAGGAAUACAGGACGUUAUUAAUGGUUUGGCUAAUGUUGACAAGGCAGUUUUGUUCGUUAGCAACCCACCGCGUGAUGAUUUAUUUACAUUCUACACAAGAGUCGCCUCUAUACUUACAAAUAUGCCAUGGGGUAAUAUACUAAUGGAUGUUGUCGAUCCAAGUGCAAAGAAAUGGAAUUAUACGCUACAAAUCGGCACUGACAUUCGAAUCUCAAAUGCGGCAUCAUUUCCGUCGCAGGGUUUCCGUAGGAUAGCAACGCAAAGUAAGCUUAGCAAUGGAAUUAUUCGUACUGUCAAUGGAACAUCUGCUAGCGGAAUAAAUGGAGUCAAAAUCACCCAGACGUAUCGAGCAUUUCCCCAACUGUAUACUACCAGCAUCAAGCUCCCCAUCGGAACGUUUGUCGGCGGGAUCUUGUAUCCAUUUGGUGUCUCCUUCCUGUUGCCCAUAUUCGUCAUCACAUUGACCAAGGAGAAAGAAGAUCGGAUUCUUGUAAUGAUGCAAAUGAACGGAUUGAAGAGUUUUACCUACUAUCUAACUCAUUACGUCCACUUCUACGUUUUGCACAUUUUAACCACGUUGAUAUUCGUGAUUGCUGGCCUUCUCUUCAAGAUGGAAAUCUUCACACAGACUCAGCCUGGAGUUUAUAUAAUAUUGCUUUUCAUCUGGGGACACGUGGAAAUUGCAAUGUCCUUCUUAUUCACCUGCUUCUUCUCGAAAUCAAGAACUGGCUUUAUCGUAACAUUCCUGAUUGUACUUUGUGGAAUCAUUACAAGUUUGGCUACCGAAUCGCUAUACAGAGGUAAAGGUGGUGCCCCCGCCGGAUACUUUUUGUGGCCACCGUUUGCUUUCUACCGUGCGCUCAGUUUGAUUAAUUUCAGGAGCGUCAGUAAAACUCUUAGUGCAUACCGACUAAGUGACCUGAUCGGUGGUGAUGAAGUGUUGAGCGCCAUAAUCUACAUGACGGUCGAAUAUUUCGUAAUUUUACUCCUCUCUGCUUACCUUAACGCCGUAAUCCCAUCCGAAUUCGGAGUAAACAAACCUUGGCACUUCAUCUUCACUGAACCCUAUUACUACUUACGAGGUCGCGAUUCCAAAGGACGAAAACGCGCCGAUGAUGGUGAGAAGAAAGUAGUACAAUUAGAGGCGGGUAUCAAAGAUUUGGAUGAGGACGAAAUAAAAUUUGAGGAUGACGAUGUGAAAGAGGAAAGACGACGGGUGAUUGAAAGUGCUUACGAUCCUGAAUCACCGUUGGUGAUGAAGAGAAUGAGAAAAGUAUAUCCAAGUGGAAAGUUAGCAGUCAAAGAUGUUACUUUUGCUGUGGAUAAAAAUAUUAUUUUCGGGCUUUUGGGGCCUAACGGUGCAGGGAAGACGACCUUGAUCUCAAUCCUCACAGGACUCUACAAACCUUCAUCCGGUUCCGCUUCAAUUAACAAGUUUGACAUUCAUACUCAGAUGCAAAGAGUUUAUAUGUCCGUCGGUGUAUGCCCGCAACACGACAUUCUCUGGGACGACUUGACCGUCAGUGAACAUUUGCUCUUUUACGCUCGGCUCAAAGGUGUUCCUGCCUCCCAAGAAAAAUUGGUCUUACAGGUUGCUUUGCGACAAGUGAGAUUAGAAUCGUUAAAGGAGCGUUUAUCCAAAAGGCUGAGUGGUGGUGAAAAGCGUCGACUUUCCAUUGCCAUUGCGUUGAUUGGUAGUCCCGCUGUAGUAUUCUUGGAUGAACCGACCACGGGUUUGGAUCCGGAGGUGAGGAGAAUGAUAUGGAAUAUAGUGAAUGAUGCGAAAAAGGGAAGAACCAUUGUGCUGACCACGCACAGUAUGGAAGAGGCAGAAGUGUUGUGUAAUAGGAUUGGUAUAAUGGCUAAGGGAACCUUGAGAUGUAUUGGACCACAGUUGAGGCUGAAAGAACUUUACGGACGAGGAUUCAGGUUAUCAUUUAGUUGCAAAGCGAAGAAUGUCGAAAGGGCUACUGCCUAUAUUGAAUCUCUUUUACCUGAAUCAGCAAAAAAGCUUGACUCAUUUGUCACCAAUGUGUCAUAUGAAUUCUACCCAGAACCUGGCUUGAUAGCUCGGCUAUUCGAAGAGAUUGAGAAACACAAAAAAGAACACGGGGUUGAUGAUUGGGGGCUGGAAGAGGUAUUCUUGAGAAUUAUUAGUGAAGCCGACGCAGAAGCCGAAUAA